AUGACAGAACACAUCGUACACCACAGGCUUUAUGGAGUGAUUCUCAUGUCAAGUUUUAUCUUUCUUUCAGACAUGCUUUCACUAAAAGGCAAAAGACUGGAUUUUUAUGGAAGAGGUGACACACAUGUAAGCCUGACCAACACCGUUCCUGAACUCAGCCGAUGUACAGCAUGCAUUGAUCUGGUGUUCAGGGGUGACACUUCAAGUUCUUGGAUAGCCUUCUCCUAUAUUACUAAUAACCGCUUCCGCGGCAGAGAAGACAUAGACCUUGGACUUGCAGGGAACCGUCAACAGCUAAUAAUAUACAACUUGGGCAAGGCCUUUCAUAUCAGUUACCAUCUAAUUCCACUUCAAUGGCACACAAUAUGCUUGAUAUGGGAUGGUGUGAAGGGCAGAUUAGAGCUCUUCCUGAAUAAAGAGAGGAUAUUGGUAAUCAUGGAUCAGCCACACAACCUGCCACCGAAUGGGACUCUGGUCCUAGGACACUUUCGGAAGAAAGGGGUUGGCCACCUUAAACCUUUGAUACCUCGCUUUACUGGCAGCUUGUACUACUUUCAACUCUGGGACCGCAUCCUGGAAAACGAAGAAUUUAUGAAGUGUUUAGGUGGAAAUGUAGUUAGUUGGGAAGCAGAUGUUUGGCUUGUCAACAAGAUCAUCCCAACUGUUGACAGGAGAUUGCGCUGUUUUGUUUCAGAAAAUAUGACAAUUCAAGAAACAAGUACAACUUUAUCACAACAAAUAGAGUUGACAACUCCUUCCCAAGUUACUGGACUAAAACCACAAACGACUGUCCAUUACUCUACUGUGAUGUCUAAAAGCCUACCUGUAUUUGUGACUGAUUAUGCAACCAUUUCAUACUCCAAUGCAACAGUGCCAUCUCUGGAAACAACAACUACAUCAAAAAUGUUAACAACAUCUAUAGCUGAAACAGCUACUUUUGCAGUAGACACGUCAUCUACUUCCACAGCCAUGACUUCACCUACCCAGAGCAUAUCCAUAUGCAAUGCCACCGAUUCCAUGCAAAUAACUAAAUCUCCAUCUUCAGAAAGCACAAGGCCAACAGAAAUAGUGCAAUCCACGGCUACUAAGACCUUUCAUCCAACUACAGCUACUAACUUCCUGUCCACAUCUUUAUUUAGUGAGGAUUCAAUUGCAUCUCAAACUUCAGCCACUGAAUCUCAGUCAGUCAUCACGAAGAUGACAUCUUUAUUUGCAACUACUGAAUCAACAUCCAUGUCCCCAACAUCUUGGCCAAAACACAAACCUACUGAUAUUGCAGUAUCUCCUAUCUCCACUUCUGAACAGGAGUUUCUAGUGUCCACAGCUGCUGGAACUGUACCUUGGUCCAUAGUAGGAGGGACUUCAGGUAAAAGUACUGGCAUUAGGACUACAUCAGCAUUUACGCCCAAGUCUCUGCUUAGCUCCAUAGCUGCUUCUGCAGAUUCUGUGUUUCCUAGAAAUCAGACGGUAUCUACAUUGGCAACAACAAAUAUGGAAAAAGCAUUUACAAUUCAUUCAAUGAUGCCUACUGGGGCCACACCUACCAUAAUUACAGCAGAAACCGAAUUGCCAUCCACAAACUUCCAGAAUAUCUCUUUAUCCCAUGUGGAGGAUGCUGUAUCUACUUUUAUGCCACAAGAGACCUCUUCUUUGGCCCUUUCUCCCAUGAAAUCCUUUCCAAUUACUGAAACUCAAAGUGUACAGACAGGUUUCGAUGCUGAGAGUCCACAUCCAACCUUAACUCCUGGAAUCACACUUGCACAGGAAAUGACUGAAGCUGCACUCUCCCCUAUAAUCACAGGGCCAGUAUACACCCAGAAGACACCCCCAGCAGGUGAACACAUGUUCACUUCGAUUUCCACUAUAUCAGCUCCCACAGUCAAAGCAUUUGAACCAGGUCCCACAUCUUUAACAGAUGAAACGGCCCAUUGGCUCUCUUCCGAGGAGAAUGCUUGGACAUCGAGGCCUGACCAGAUGCUGCUGACACGUAUUAACUCUACUACUGUACUUACAUUUGUGUCCAGUGAAAAUGUCACAUCAGCAUUCCAUGUGAGUACUACUAACCCAGAAAAUUCAUCCACAACUACUAAUCUUAUCACCCCACCAGAAUUUCCCACAGAAAGCAAUGCCACUGGAGUCAGAUAUAUGACAACUUUAUCCACAUUGACAUCUCCAUGGCUUGGUAAUUUCUCUUCCAUUUCUGGAACCACAUCUGGAGCCAAUCUUCCUCAAUUUAAACUCACCACCUUACUAAAAACCAUCCCUGGACUCACGGUUGCUGCAAAUGAACUCUCUACAAUACCAGGGGAGGAAGCUGUCUCACCAGUAGAUACAGUAUCUACCCAUGCUGACAUUAAACUGAAUUUUUCUAUCCAGGAAAGCACUUCUGAGUCUACACACACAGAAUCAGAUGGCACAAUUGCAUCUGGUGUUACAACAGUCUCUGUACCAAAAUCUGCAACAACACUAAGAUCCAACAAUAAUUUGAUGACUAAAGAAACAACUUCUCAUCAUCUUAAAGGAAAAUCAACUGUAGCAGCAAUAUCUGAAGUUUCCUUGUUUCCAACAGUGUUGAAAGUGACAGAUGAAUCAGCACAAACAGUGACAGCUUCUGUCACUCUUUCCCCUUUCCCUGGUGUAGAAAAAUUGACUACCUCAUUGGAUAAUAAAAUUGCAACUGCUGAGCUUGAAGGGAGUUGGAUUUCUACAACAUUGAUGAAAACUAUGCCUACGAAUUCAUACAAUGGAACUCCAGAAAACUUUAAUUCAACCCACGCCUAUCCAACACACUGGACUUCAGAGACAUCUGAGGGGCCUUUAGCUCUGUCUUCCACUCCUGAGAGUACCAAGAUGUUCCCUGAACCCCUUCACACUUUCACCACGAGGAUAAUUGGAGCCUCUAUAGACAGGACAGCUAAGUCCUGGUCUUCUGCCAUCUUGUCACUAAAGACUGCAGCUUCUCACUCAUCAGCAACUCAUAUACCUAUCACUCACAUCUUCUCCCUGCCAGUUACUGUCUCUCCUGCCACCUCCAUGGUGGUUUCUGGUGAAGCUAAGGUGACUAUACCUGUAACUUCCAAUCUGGCCAUGGAUUUUCUCACAUCCAUGCCCUUAAAUGUUGUGAAUCUUUCAUCAGCUACAAUGACUUCAGCAUUAGUGCCACCAUUGAGUCAAACAACUUCUGUGACCAAUGAUAUCAUUCCUACACAGACAGAUUCAAUUAAUACCACUUCAGAGGCCACAGUGAUGUCUUCAAUGACACUCAUGUCAGUUCCCUCUCAGACAGAAACUCUAGUUCCCUUGUUGAGAUCCCCCAUUCCUAUUACAACCAAGACUAAGGUCACACUUCCCUCCACGUCAGGUGACACAGUAACUCCAUCCACACACACUCUUGUUUGCUCCAAACCUGCAGCUGUGUCUUCUACUCAUGCAAUCUCAACUAUGUCUACAUCGGUAGCAACUCAACCCAUAUCACAAGUGGAUGAAAUAGCUCCCUCUACUCUUAGCUUUCCGUUCACUUUCAGUGGCAGUGGAGAUGCUGCUAGCUUGGCUAUUGGCACCACGGAGACUCCAACUGUUGCUGAAACAAUGCCUUCACACACCUCUUCCAACAAACUUAUUGCCUCAGCAGAUGUCUACAUUUCUCACUCUUCCACACAUCUCGUAAACAUGUCAGCCUCCACUCAAUUGGCCACUGGCAUCUCUACCUUACCUUCUGCCAAAGAUGAGAUGACCAUCUCUCUGGGAAAAACAUCUAGAACUAUGGAGGUGACAGAAAUGUCCCCAUCAAAAAAUUCUUUUAUUUCCUAUUCCAAGAGUACUUCAUCUUUGGAAAUGACUGAUGCAGAAUUUUCUGAGACCACAGAAGUUUCCAGCUACCAAACAUACUCAGCUUCAGAGAUUCCAUUUGAAACUCCAACUGAUGAGAAUUCAACUACAUCUACCACUUCCAAGGGCACCUGGACUACACCUUCCUUGACUUCAAAUUACCAAGUAGAUGUUCACAUUUCAGAAAUGCCUAACAGUCUUGGGAAAACAACUCCCCCUUCACAAGCUCUAACAAAAACCACCUUUUUGCCUCCUGAAAAGGAAAACACAAGUGCCCUUUCAAUGCAUACACCCAGGACUGUGGAAAAGAUAGCAAAUUCCUCCUCUGGGACUCACCAGGAUGCUUCCUUUGUAAAUACAACUUCCAGGACAGCCAACACAUCAAAUCCUGAGUUCAUCAACUCAACUCUUUCACAGUUCUCCUCACUUAAGACUCCACCUGAGGUGACUUCGUUUACCUCUUCCAUUUCAGAAAGCAUACCAGCUUUCCCUAAAUCCUUGUCUCCUUCCACAGCUGGAUUAUCCAAUUCCAAAUUUACAGUUGUCUCUAAUAACAGGAUCACCACAACUCUUUCUGUACCAAAUGUACCUACACUUCUUAGGGAAACCCCUGCAGAAAUGUCAAUUCCUAUUUCCGAGAUGUCUACAUUGCCAGGUGAUGUCACUGCCUUUACCUUCAAAACAUUUUCUGACCCUCUGGCAACAAUAAUGACUAAAUCUUCCAAAACAACGUAUCCAGGUUGUUUUAAAAGUCCCUCAGUAGCCACUUCUGUACUUAUGCCUGAGAUAGCUUCAAUUCCAGUUAGUGACUUUACUUUCUCACCUGCAGCAGUUUCUUCAGACACUUCCACACUAAUUGAGUCAUUUUCCACUUCACUGUCUCCAGCUACCCCUAGGAUGACUGUGACUACACAAGCAUCUACAUUGAAUGUCACACCUGUGAUAUAUCCCAGGCUGACCUCCAAAAGCACAGUAGCUUCCUCUGCUUCAACUACUUCAGAAAUGACAGACAUGUCCUCUAGGAUCACUCCUACUUCUAUUUCCAUUCCAACGGAGGCAACUUUUCUGUCCAUGAAAACCACUCCAAUCACUACUAUGGCUGGGCCAGUGACCUCAGUUUUAAACACUACUGCCUCUCCAUUGCUCAGGACUAAGAACACUGAAGCUACUUCUUCCAUUCCAAAGACAACAUCUUUUCCAUCAGUGCUAACAACUCUGAAGUCACCACAGGAAGAUGAAGCUACACCUCUGGGCAUAUUAUCUGGGAUUACUACCAGCUCCAUAUCUACUGUGAGCAAUGGUAGGACGACAGCUUUCACAAACACUCAUUCUAGAACCCCUUCCCCUGAAACAGUGCUUUCAUCUACUCCUUUAGCUAAUCCUCAUACUACCUUGAAUAUUCAGGUUUCCCCAUCUUGGACAAACUCUAAGAUCACACCUGGACCCACAGAAAGUAUAAAAGCUACCUCUACUUACCUUUCCUCUAAUACAGGAAAGAUGAUUUCUUUGUUACAAAAUACUUCUUUAACAACUGAGUUCACAAAACGCACCACAUCUGAGGAUAUUCCUGUUGUGUAUCCUUCAUGGACCCGGUCUAGUGAAACUACACCCUCUUUGAUAUCACUUCUUUAUUCACCUCAUGGUGCUGAGGCCAGGUUUUCAACUCCAAAGAUCUCUCCUACAUCCCAAGUGGUUGGAUUUCCAGGUGUGGGAACAAAAAUCACAUCAAGUAAAACCCAGUCUUUGCUUAUGACUUCCUGGAAAACACAUAGAGCUGAAGAUUCUCAAUUUCCACUUUCUACCACUACUCAUAGGCCUAUACCCAACAAGAUGGAAACAGAGACACCACACCUUGUUCCUGGGACUUUGUCACCAUUGGCAGCCUCUCCUGCUAGUCUAGUCUCUAAAGAUGCUAUUGCUGCAUCAACCAGUCCCACAUCAGGAAUGCUUACUACGUUGGGGACUUCUGAGAACCUUUCAUUAUCAACAUCUUUAAGGUCUACCCCUACUAGUUGGCCUGAUAAGCCACCCAUACUUGAGAAAACAACCACAUAUGUAACUCCCAGGACUACAGUCCCACCAAAUCCUCUAAUCUCUAUGACCACUACUUCACCCAUGCUAACUUUUUUAUCUAGCCUUCCUUCAGGUUCCAUGCUGAUGACAGCUCCUCAUGCUGUAACGUCCUCUAUGGCAGAGGUGUCCAAAUCCACAUUUCCUACUGACACGAUCCCAAUGUAUGCAUUCACUAACUUUACAAAACUACCGUUUGCUACUGGAAGCACCAUGCUCAACAAAAUUACUUCUACACCUACACUGGGAAGCAGCACUACUGGCCCCCCAACUUCCCUCCCUAUGUCUACGCAAGUCACAGAUAACAGAAUGGAUAAUCUCACAUCCCUCAAGACAACCUCCAGAGCCAUUCUGACUGGCAACUCCGGUACUAUGUUUCAGUCUCCAUCUUUUAGUGGAAUGAGUGUAUCGCCCUCUACAUCUGAUCAUCCUAUAUCUUUUGGUUCCAUGCUUCCACCUAGUCCUACAGAAGCAUCUGCAUGGAGCAGAAUCCCUGCUACGUCAGCUCCACCUUCUUUAAUCCUUCCCAAGUCCACACUGGAGUCCCUUAUCAAUAUAACCACUACUACAUCUACCACUGCUCGAGCCCCAUCUCCAUUCAUAUCCACUGGGCUGGCAUAUUCUUCUACAGAUGUUGUAUCUUCACUAAUCUCUUCCUCUUUUAAGGCAACCUGGCUGGACUCCACGUUUUCUUUUCUAACUACUAAAGCACUGACUUCACCAACUGCUAGUGAGUCCAUAGUUUCCUUCUACAAUAUCGAAAUGAAAUUCUCUGUCUUUGAUGAAGAGUCAAGGGUCCCUAUUACCAGUGUUAUACAUGAAUUUGUGAAAAAUUGGCUGAAUUUUAUAUUUGAGGACAGUGAAUUUUGUCUUGCUAAUCUAGCUGUCCAAAUUAAAAGCAGAGGCACUUCCAAGGAAGAAAUGGCCUUGUUCCAGAGUAUUUUGGAACGGAGAGAAGGGCAAGCAAUGGCUACAAUUUCCCAUGUACCAUACAGCUGUGCUUGUCAGGUUAUAAUAAAGGCCAGCUCCUCUUUGGAACCCACGGAAUUGAUCAGCAGGAUCAGAAAUAAAAUAUAUGGAAACCUCACACAUGGAAACUUCACACAAGAUGAAUUGGUGUUAUUGGUAAAGUCUGACCAUGUUGUAGUGAAAAAGCUAGAGCCAGGAAAGUGCAAAGCCGAUGAAACACCCUCCAAAUACAAAGGGACAUAUAAGUGGCUAUUAACCAACCCUACUGAGACAGCCCAAACUAGAUGCAUAAAAAAUGAGGAUGGAAACGCCACUAGAAUCUGUUCAAUCAGCAUCCAAACAGGCAAAUCUCAGUGGGCAAAACCAAGGCUUAAGCAAUGCAAGUUGCUUCAAGGACUUCCAGAUAAGAUUGUGGAUCUCGCUAAUAUUACCAUAAAUGACGAGAAUGCAGAUGAUGUUGCAGAGCACAUUUUAAAUUUGAUAAAUGAAUCUCCACCUCUGGAUGAAGAGGAGACCAGGAUUAUUGUGUCUAAAAUAGCUGAGAUUUCAAAGUGUGAUGAGAUAAGUAUGAACUUAACCCAGAUUAUAUUACAAAUAAUCACUGCUGUUUCAGAAAAGCAAAACGAUUCCACCUCCCAUCUGCAUCAAGUAAGCAAUGUAAUUCUGAAGAUAAUUGAGCGUGCUGGCCACAAGAUGGAGUUUUCUGGAAGGACAGCAAAUGUCACGGUGUCUGGGCUGGCUUUGGCUGUGCUGCGGGUGGGCCAUGGUUUUCAAGGCAUGGCCUUCAGCAUUCGCUCCUACAAGGAUGGCACAACCCCUGAGAUUUACCUAGGUGCUGUCCCACUGGAGAAGACUUUGGCUUCCAUAUAUUUGCCUAAUUCACUGAGUAACAGAAUUCCUCUUAACAACUUACAAACCAUCUUAUUUAGUUUUUUUGGCCAAACUUCACUCUUUAAGAUCACAAAUGUAACUAAAGCAUUAACCUCCUAUGUUGUGAGUGCCAGCAUUUCAAAUGCGCCCAUUCAAAAUUUGGCUGAUCCAGUGGUUAUCACUCUGCAGCAUAUUGAAGGAAAGCGGAACUAUGAUCAGGUUCACUGUGCCUUUUGGGAUUUUGAGACUAACAAUGGGCUAGGUGGAUGGAAUUCAUCAGGCUGCAAAGUAAAAGAAACAAACAUAAAUUAUACAGUCUGUCAGUGUGACCAUCUCACCCACUUUGGAGUUUUAAUGGAUUUGUCCAGGUCAACAGUGGAUCCAGUGAAUGAACGGAUAUUAGUAAUUAUAACGUACAGUGGAUGUGGCAUCUCCUCCAUUUUCCUGGGAAUUGCAAUGGUGACAUACAUAGCUUUCUACAAACUUAGGAAAGAUUAUCCCUCCAAAAUCCUGAUCAACCUGUGCACAGCACUACUAAUGCUGAACCUAGUGUUUCUGGUCAACUCAUCAUUGUCAUCAGUGCAGAAUGUGGGCCUCUGUGUCACAGCUGCAGUGGCACUUCACUACUUUCUGCUCGUUUCCUUAACUUGGAUGGGCCUGGAGGCAGUUCACAUGUAUUUUGCUCUAGUCAAAGUCUUCAAUAUAUACAUUCCAAAUUAUAUCCUUAAAUUUUGCCUAGUUGGCUGGGGAGUCCCAGCAAUCACCGUGGCUAUCUUACUCACUGUGAGAAAAGAUCUGUACGGGACUCUGAGCCCGACAACUCUGUUUUGUUGGAUUAAGGAUGAUUCUAUCUUUUACAUCUCAGUGGUGGCUUAUUUUUGCCUCAUAUUUUUUGUGAAUCUCUCCAUGUUCUGCACUGUUCUUGCUCAACUGAAUUCCAUGAAAUCUCAAAGGCAGAAGACUCGGCGCAAGAUGAUCCUACGUGACCUCAAAGGCAUACUAAGCCUGACAUUCUUACUUGGCCUCACCUGGGGGUUUGCCUUUUUUGCCUGGGGACCUGUGAGGAUCUUUUUCUUGUAUCUUUUUGCCAUUUGCAAUAGUUUGCAAGGAUUCCUCAUUUUUGUGUUUUACUGCGUGAUGAAGGAGAGUGUGCGGGAGCAGUGGCACAUACACCUCCGUUGUGGGUGGCUGCGACUGGAUAACUUUUCUGAUGGGAGCAGAAGAUUUGGGGGAUGUGUUGGGUAUAAACAGAAGCGAGUGAAGAAGGCCUUUGAACACAAAUUGCUGACACCAUCCCUUAAGUCAACUGCGACUAGCUGCACUUUCAAAUCCUUAGACUGCAUUCAAGACACUCCUUCAGAAAUAAGCUUCUCAAAUGAUGACUUUGAUGAAGAUCCCUACUGUUUAUCUCCCUUGAGUUGCAAAGUUAUGCCUAAUUGUCAGUCACCAAGCUUUUUCGUCCUUCACACCACUGAAACUGUUUGGACAAAUAUCACCAAGGACAAUCCGAUGGAUCAGUAUGAUUUCCUCUCAGACCUUAUGCCUUGA